UGUCGCUUUAGGUCAUCCCAGCGUGGCGGCUGCUUCACCAUCCCCCCUGCCGCAUGAGCCAUGAGUUGUGAGGAGCCCGAGAUGUUGCCGGCGGCGGUGGCGGCGGGGCCGCUGGACGACGACAACCUGCUCGCCGAGAUCCUCCUCCGCCUCCCCCCGCUCCCGUCCUCCCUCCCCCGCGCCUCCUUCGUCUGCAAGCGCUGGCGCAGCCUCGCCUCCGAUCCAGCCUUCUCCCGCCGCUUCCACCUCCACCACCGCCGCAACCCUCCACUCCUCGGCUGCUUCCACAAAGGUGCCGAAGGCAUAUCCUUCGAGCCUGCUCUUGAGGCCCCCGAUCGCGUUCCGCCCGGGCGCCUCUCCUUACCGUCCGACCGCGGCGACCUCUGGUUCCUCGGGUGCCGCCAUGGCCUCGUAUUAGUCUUCGACAAGACACGGCAGCAGUUCAUGGUGUGGGAUCCCGUCACAGGCCACAAGCACUACAUAGCGGAUCCGCCGGGGUUGGAUGUGACCAAGUACGUGAUCAACGGGGCGGUGUUCCGCUCAUCUGCCGCGGACGUCCACUUCCAGGUUGUCUUGGUAGCGAUACAAGACGGACAAGCGGUCGCCCGCGUUUACUCAUCAGAGACCAGGUUGUGGGGCAAUCUCAUCACAGCACCGGUUACAUCCGAAUCCAGCGACUUAUUUGUCACCUAUGUUACUAUGGAGCCCGCUGUGCUGGUUGGGCAUGCUCUUUAUUGGAUACUUUCUGGAACUUCGUCGCAUAUCCUCGAGUUUGAUUUGGAGAGGGAGAGCCUGGCCGUGAUACGGAUGCCAGCGUAUUUUUCUGGUGUCAUGUGGCCCAAACUCAUGCAGGCAAAUGAUGGUAAGCUGGGUAUACUCUAUGUGUCAGGCUUCACUGCCCAGUUAUGGAAGAGGAACACUGACUUGCAUGGUGUUGCGUCAUGGGGGAUUGGAACAACUAUUGAACUGGACAAGCUACUUUCUCUGGAUCCAAGGGAUGUUGUAAUUAUACAAGGGUUUGCUGAGGAAUCUCAUUUGGUGCUCCUGAAGACCACUACCAGCCUCUUCUCGCUCAAGCUUGAGCAAUUGCAGUUCAAAAAACUUUUCGACACCAAAGUGCGGCGUUGCUGCUAUCCAUUUGAAAGUGUCUAUGGUGCAGGUAUCUAGAAGUGUGUCCCGGUUGCUGAGAUGCACGAAUGGGCCAUUUGCUGAAGGUUCUUCGGCUUCACCUGGAGAUCAGCCAUCUACAUAGCGUGCACUGAUCAUCUGGGAAGUAGACCUGUAAGAGGAGUUAAUCAUUUAGUUUGCCAAUUCUCCUCUAUUAUAUAAUUUCUGGACACAAUUCGCCAACUGGGAUGAUGAAGAUACAUUGGCUUGCUUCGAUUAGUUAAUACUUGCCUCUUGGUUCA